AUCUAAGAAGAUGUGGUCUUGAAUGGACGAAAGAAAAGUCAGAGAACGCCAAAAAGGUGCGGUGGUGCUGGCCAUCUUGUAGACCAGUCAUUCGAUCGUUUUAAUUGCCAGAAGAGCCGACUCCGCACCACCAUUUGUUAGCCUUUCUUUGCUUGCUGCCGCCAUUCGCAUCGUAUCCCUCCAAACUCCAUUAUUCUCCAUCAUUUCUCGUCCGCCAAGUAGGUGAUGUCCAAUGGCAUUUCUACUCCCCAAUUUCUCGGCCCCUCUCCUUACUGCCAAUAACAAUCCCAAGGAGAAGCCAUCAACCAGCUUUCAACUCCAGUCUUCCACCGGCUAUCUGCCGUCCUUCGCUGCCACCGCCACCGCAGCGGCUGGUUCCAGUGCAUCUCCUUCGCCUCCCCUGCUUAACAGCUCGCCUCCUCCCACCACCAAUCUCAACCACCGCAAUAAUGAUUUCUACGUCAACUUGGGAUUGGCCGUCCGGACUCUGCGAGAGGACAUGCCUACCCUCUUCGUCAGAGACCUCAACUACGAUAUCUACAGGGACGAUAUAACGUUUCGCGACCCAGCCAACGUUUUCACGGGAAUCAGCAACUACAAGCUGCUAUUCUGGGCGCUGAGGUUCCACGGCAAGCUUCUGUUCAAGGACAUAGCUGUGGAGGUGUACAGGAUUUGGCAGCCUUCGGAUAAUGUGAUAUUGAUACGGUGGAAUGCGAAGGGGAACCCUCGGGUUCCAUGGGAGGCCAAGGGUGAAUUCCAGGGGACUUCUACCUACAAAUUGGACAAGAAUGGCAAGAUUUACGAGCACAAGGUUGAUAACUUGGCGUUUAACUUCCCACAAUCGCUCAAGUCCGCUGGUGUUUCCAUUGCCGAUUUGGUUGCUGCUUGUCCUGCUCGGGUCAACCCGACCUUCUUGUUGUGGCAGGCCCAGGCCGAGGACGAUGUCCCUGAUUCUGCCUGCUCGUGGCUGGAGUUCUACGACGCAGUCAGAGGGACGGUUGUGCGGGAAGGCUAUGAUGCUCUGCUCACUUGAAAGACCCCGAUUACUUACAGGCUGGCUUGUAAAGGACAGAAAGCAAGACAGUUUUUGGGUAAAUUAGCAAUACCAAUGCAGUUGGCUACUGUAAUGACUGAAUGAUGUGCAUGGAACAACGGCAGAGGUUUGGCUGCCGCUGUGUACAUAAUAUUAACGUAGUAAGGAUGGCAGAUAAGUUUAGAGGGAGAGCCUUAUUUGGUAGGAGCUCUCAUCAUAUGCCUAGGGAUAUAUUCGACGUAUUUGUUCCUAUACCAUUACCAAUUUACCAUAGAUGAUGUAUCAUACUACACUUAGACUAUCCAUCGUCCUAGACGAAUUUGCAUUGGUUAAAGGGAAAUCAUGGUGGAUGCAUGUAGCUCGCUGUCGUUGUCACGCUUGAUAUAAACGUUCUAGGCUUCUAGCACAUACUCAAUGUUUUCAGUUUUGAAUCCACCAGUGUGUUUCAAGUUCUUUCAUUCUUUGCUUCGGAACAGGGGAGCAUUUCUUGCUAAUGCAACUCUUUCUAGGUGCAGGUAAUUCAAACCAACUCAAUUAUACCCAUGUUUGCAACUAACAAGAAGGAUUGACCUGAAAAUCAUAAGUGAAUCAGAGUCCUUUCUGAUUAAGUUGAGCAUAAGCAACAAGCC